UGAUAGAAAUACCUGAGGAAGAAGUAUCCGAAAUCGUGGAUAAACAAUUUCCUGUGCUGGCACUAAACUUUGAAAAAUUGUUCUUAUUCGAAAUCCAAACCUUAAUCAAAUAUAAGAGAAAAUUUCAAAAAAUAAUUAGACCACUCUGGAGAAUUGAACACAAAAUCCAAACAAUAGAAAAAUCAUAUAAAGGACUCAAAUACUUAUCCAUAUUCGAUAAAUCGAAAAGAAAAAUAAUAGCCCAAAAAUUUGGAGAAAAUCCAACAAUAGCGGACUUAUCUAAAGAAGAUGCGAUAUUACAAAAAUUCUGA